CUCACUCACUCACUCACUCACUAACAUCACCAUCAAAAUAACACAUCCUGUAAUCCCUGUCACCAGUCAGUAAUGUGUGCUGAACACAGGGGCUGUUUUACUAUCAUGUGUUGUACAGCUAACAGUGAGAUUGUUCCAGAAGCAGCCAUGCAAGCCCAAACCAUGACACUACCUCCUCCACCACGCUCGACUGUAUAUCCGCGUCAAUCCGGUGACUCACUGACGUCACCAAACUGUUGGUUUCUUCUUUUGUGAUGCUUUUCCAGGAUUUUCCCACACCUUCUUUCAGCUGUUGUUUGUUUCGGGGGGUUUCUCCCUUCAGUCUCCUCUUCAGGAGGUGAGAUGCUGCUCAGUUGGGUUUGUGAAGCUCUGGUGAUUGACUGGUCCAGUCUAGAACCUUCCACUUUCCCCCCUGAUGAAGUCCUGUGUUGAGGUGGAAGUGUGUUUUGGAUCGUUGUCUUGCUGCAUGAUGAAGUUCCUCCUGAUUAAUUCGGAUGCGUUUCUCUGUAAACUGUCGACCAAAUGUUCCUGUAAGCUUCUGAAUUCAUUCUGCUGCUCCAUCAUGAGUUCAUCACCAAUAAAGACUAGUGAGAAUGUUCCAGAAGCAGCCGUGACACUACCUCCACCAUGUUUCACAGAUCAGCUUGUACGUUCUGCAUCAUGAGCAGAUCGUUUCCUUCUCCACACUUUGGCCGUUCCGUCACUUUGGUAGAGGUUCAUCUUGGUUCCAGAACUUUUGUUGCGCAUCUCUGUAUUUCCAAUGUGGUUUUUUGCUUCUUACUGCUGAUGAGAGGUUUGCAUCUUGUGGUGUGGCCUCUACAUUUCUGUUCUCAAAGUCUUCCUCGAAUGGUGGAUUGUGACACCUUCACCCCUGCCCUGUGAAGGUUGUUUUUGGGUUUUUCUUAACAGCUCUCACAAUGUUUGUCAUCAUCUGCUGUCGUUUUCCUUGGCUAUCCUGUUCUGUCUGGUUGUUAGUACACCAGCGGUUUCUUUCUUUUUCAGCCUGCUUUUCUCCCAUAGACAUCUCUCAGAUUCUGAUCGUCAUGUUGGUUUACCCUUUUUAACAACGAAUACAGUCUUUACAGGUGAAACCCGUGACUCAAACCAAGAGUAGACAUUCCGAGCUAUUAAUUAUUUUUUUAAAAUUGAUAUAUCAGGGCACACCUGGGUAACAAGAAACACCCAUCGGUCACGUACAAUAUUUUUGGUCCCUUUAACACGUUUAGUCGUUUAACGCGUCAAGAUGUAAAUAUGAGGAAAUUCAGAUCUGUCGUCUCAUGUUCAUCUUUAUUUACAAAUGGGUUCAUGAGAGAAUCUCAAUCUCCUCAUUUGUCUCAUAAAAUAAUUUUACAAAUUAUUACUAACUGCACUAUUUCAGUUAAUAUUUUGAAGUGUUACUGGGAGUCACAUUCAGACAAGCCACGUGUAAAUGAGUACAUACUAUUUUAGGGUUUUUUUUUUUCCACAAUCCUGACACGCUGCACUGGCGUAGUUCAGGAAAACAAAUUAAUGUUGUGUCUCAAACUCUAGACCGAAUUAUUGAGAACUAACAUGAACCAGUUUUCCUAUUCCAGUAAGUGUUUGUAUUUAAAAAUCCUCUAAUGUCACGUUGAAACCGACCAAAUGGUCGCUUUUGUGUACCAGCCUUCUGGAAUUUCUAAACAAGUAAACAUUUCGAAAUGUAAGUUCGGCGAUUUGGAUUCGAAGCACGGUUCAUGACGACCAUCACGACGACAGCAGACAAUUCAAAGGGCUCGUCACUUUGGCUUUGAACUGGACUCCUCUGCUUUCACGUCAGGCCGAAUCUCACCACUCUGUUGUUGAUUACUUUCCUAUAACACCACAACAUGUUACACAACAUAUAUUCCACGUACGUAAGUUAUUGACUUCUACGUUUAAACCUUACAAUAGUCUACGCUCCAGUAGUGGAGUGGAAGAACUAAAUCUAAUGGAAAGCCUUCCCAGAAGCGUGGGGGUUGUUAUAACAGCACAGAGGGAGUCAGUCUGGAGCGGGAUGGUCCACACGUACAGGCGUGAUGGUCACGUAGACGUUAUAGCGUAGAUUUAGAUCCUUCGUGAAGAAGCCUGAGGUGAACUCCCUGACACGACACGAGGAAGAAACCUCGAGAGGAACCAGACUCAAAAGGGUGACGCUGGACAGUGUGAUUGUGACUCGUUCCUCAUCCACAUCUGUAUACUGUAGAGUCGGACUGUACUGAGUGUGCUGAACGGAUCUUCAGUACCAGCAUCAGGGUGAUGUCCUUACAUUACAGUAGGCAGUAUCAGGAGGAGAUCGAGGCACUCAACCAGGUGGCGAGGCAUCGCCCACGAUCUACUCUGGUAAUGGGAAUUCAGCAGGAGAACCGGCAAAUACGGGAACUGCAGCAGGAGAACAAAGAGUUGCGUACAUCUUUAGAAGAGCACCAGUCAGCGCUGGAGCUAAUCAUGAGUAAGUACAGAGAGCAGGUGUUCCGCCUCCUCAUGGCCAGCAAGAGGGACGACCCGGGGAUCGUCACGCAGCUCAAAGAGCAGCACACUAACGAGAUGCAGGCGCACAUAGACAAAAUAAACGAGAUGGCCACAGUGAUGAAGAAGGCCAUCGAAGUAGACGAAGGUCGUGCGUGUGAAGACGAGGAGCGGAUCAAACAGCUGGAGUUGGAGAACAGAGGCCUGAGGGAGUUGUUGGGGAUUAGUCGAGAGGCAUUCCUGGUGCUGAGGAGAGACGAGCGAGACGACGCGUCUGACAGCACUUCUCUGUCUCCCCUCGUGACCAGCAGUGACCUGAGCUUGAGGAAGAGCUAGAGCGCUUCUGCUUCCACGAGCAACGGACUUUACCGAACACAGAUUUCAAAACACACACACACACACACUGAAGAGCAGAACACUGUCUGAAUCUCCUCUGCAUAACACAACCUGUUCAUAUCUCAGUAGUUCUGUGCAGCUCAUUUAAUAACCAGGCAAGUGUGUGUGUGUGUGUGUGUGUGUGUGUGAGAGAGAGUGUGGUUGACAUAGGAGAGUUAUAAAGUGAAUGUACAUAAUCAUUUCCCCAGCAGUGUACAUAAUGGACUGUUAAAAGGACCGUCAUUUUGUCCAGGUGCUGUAAAUAUAUAUAUAAAAAUAUAUAUCACAGUCACGUACGAGGAUGUAAACUUUAUUUUGAGGUCUGUUCUGCUUGUUUUUAGUGCUGCCUUGACACACGGUGCUUUGAAACGUUGUGUGACGGAUUAAGACGAAACGAAUAAAAAAAAUAAUAAUAAAAAAAGGCAUUCAUACAGUCGACCUUUCUGAUCUCUUCUUGCGUAACGGACUUGGUGUUGGCCCGAGCAGUGAGAUUUACUCAGGAACCUGCACGCGAGGGAGGAUUAGACUGAACGACACAGUGGUCAUGUUGUGCUGCGGGGUUUCCAGGUGAGACAGUGUGGGGAAGAUGAUGCAUAUCACACAAACACGUGGAGUACGUGAUCUAAAACGACAGUAUUUGAGUAGGUGCUUACAAAUAGCUGGAAACCCCCCCCCCCCAAAUGGGUGCUAGAGUGUUGAGGUUGUUGCUAGUGCCUUACUAAAAUGAAAGAAAGAAAAAGUGCAGUUCCUAGACGAGUGCGCAUCAGUAAGAAGCAAAUGAAAAAAGGUAUGAUGAGGCUUAACUGGAGCUAUGACAUCACUUAUAAUAAUACAAAUGAAGCAAUAUUAUUACACAAAACAACUUUAUUAUCUUUAGAUAUCACAAAAUAAAUUUAACAAUCAAACAUUCUGCAAAAAACAUAAAUAACAACUGUAACAUUCAAGCAGUUUUAAAAUAGUUUAGAUAUUAUUGCCAUUUGUAUAAGAAACUACAUCAAAACUCUGCAGACAAGAACACCGUGCAGACGGCAGGCCGCCUCGCCUCGCCUCGCCACUACACGAGCCCAGAGACAAGAAACUGGCACCCAAACCCAGUAUCCGAUCUGGAGAUCUGGCCCCAAUCCUCUAUCAGGACUCGAGUCUGGGGGAUUUGUUUAUAAUCCACCCGCAGGAGGAGCGUAAAGGGAACAGAAAAUCUGUAGAGGCAUUAACCAAUGCAAUGUUCUCUUUAAAUAAGUGCUUGUUACUCAGUGG